UGGGAUAAAAAUACUAUUGGUGUUUUUACUUUCCUGUUCAUUUUAAUGUAAUUACUUCCACAGUGUCAGCGUAGCGGCUGAUUUGUACAAAGUUUAAAUAGAGUUCACAAAGAUAAGAAAUGGCUCAAAAUAGUGUCUAGGUUUUAAUUGAGUUGUUUUUUAAUGGGUUCUUUCAGUUUUAUCUUUCUUGAUGUUAUCGUCUUACUUUGCCCUUCUUUAUUAAAGUCUUCUUUGUCGAACGCUACAAGAUAAGAAAAACAAAUCAUUUUUGGUAUCCGGUAAUCAGUAGACUUUCAAGUUUAUAAUACAGUAUCAUUAUAUAGAGUUUGUUUUUUGAUUAAAGCAACAUAGAAAAAACUGUUUUUGAACUUUAUUUGAAUUAUAAAUGUAAAUUCCUAGUGUAUUUGUGUUGUGUUUCGACACAUCCAGGUCAGAUUUAGUAUUAUCAUUUAUCAUUGUUUGUUUUUCUUGACCUUCUAUUGUGAGGCAGUGUGACAGCCGAUACAGCUUGCGCUUUAUAGAGGAACGCUUUAUAAAGUGUGGUCGAGUGGAUAAGAAAGAAAAAAACCUAGUUACAUUUUUUAUAUUUCUUUUAAGUUACUAACUAUCCAGUGGAAUUUUUUCAAAUUUAAGCUCAUAAAAAAAUCUGAAACAGACCAAAAUAAGAAAGUCAGUUUUUAUGGAAAUUAAAUCAUUGUUGAACUUAUGAUUGCUUUCAUCAGGAAAUUAAAGUGUGUUUUUGUAUGAGAAUAAUGUUUGUGUUGAGUGGAAGGUUAGCCAGUGUUUCUUUCCCUCCCCAGAGUCCAGGUACAUGACUGUAUCUUUGCUGUGUGGUCGUCAGAUGUUGGUGAACAGUCAAUGUCGUGCCGUGAAACACUGCAGGACACUCGUUCUUAAUUAAGAUAAAGGCGUUCCAUGUAAAUUGAGUCUUCCUACAUUCUGGCAUUCAUUACUAAUUGAGCUAACACCAUAAACAAUCAAAUCCCCUUUUAAAUACCUCUUUCACUUUGAGCCAUUACUCAUGUGAGAGCAUUGUAUGUUGAGUGUGUGUGAAUUUGAACUGUACUUAAUGUGUAGUUUGUUGGCAAAUUUUUAUCCAUACACAGCCGUCUUCCUCCUUUUUCAAGGCAGAAAAAGUUUUUUAUACAUUGGUCAGCUUUUAAGAUCCGGGGCUUUUUGUUUCCAUAACUUGAUCUUUUAGACCAGUGGGAAGAAAACCAAAAUACACAUUUUCCAAAAGUUAGAUAAUGCUGCAUUUGCAUAUAACAUUUUUGAAAACUUUUAAUACAAAAAAUUGUUGCCAUAAUGUAAGUAAACAACUUUCAUUAUGAUAUCUAUUUGUUCACGGUUUUUACCAUAUUCAUCUGCAGUGUCUCCCUUAGAGUUUUUUUGUUUUUUUUGCGAAGCAGCUGUAGAAUAAUUUGUAUGAACAUGUUUUAAACCCACUUAAUACUUUGCUUUGGCUCAUUUACGUCAUGUACAAAACAGUCAAAAACUACAUAUUCACUUAUGUUUUAAUUACAUUUCUGAUAUAAAGUAAUUUGAAUUUAGCAUGUAUUUAAGAAAUAAAUGAGUUAAAUAUGUUGCAUUCAUCUUACACCAUUUAUUUGAAAGUCUGUCAUCUAAAACACCUGAAAUAGAAAUUGCAGGCAAAAUACCAACUAAAUCUGAUUGUACUCAAACACAUUGAAUAUAAGGUAGUAUACUAGUUUUCAAACCAUAAGUUGCAAUAAUAUUUUUAACCUCUCACACCCAAAAUAACUAAGAUAAAUCUCUCCAAAUUUCACUGAUGUUGAAUCUGUUGCUUAAUUAUUUUAUUGCCGUUGGUAACAACUAAAAACUAGACAACUUCUUUACCGGUAUCACAUGUUAGCAUCUUUACUUUAGUUUUCUGCCAUACAAGGUUUUCUCUCUUGAUUCCUGCCUACAAAAGCGCUGCUGUGUAUAUUCUCUAAUUUCCCCCAUUAUACGGCUCAGAUCAGAUAAGCAUCCAAAUAGGUUAUGCAACUGAGAGACAGCGUGAAAUGAGAAACAUGAGAAAAGCUUAGACAAUCAGCGUGUCCCAGUACAAUCCCGUCAGUUUUUGCCAUACCUUUUUAUGACAUUCAAAUAUUUUUCACAUCUUGCUUUACACACAAACAUUGAGAUUUAUUUUUAAUAUUCUACAUCAUGGGUUCACUCAAAAAUAAUUUUAAGCUGAAUACGUUUUUUCCUAUGACUUAUCUGUGGAUUUUCUCCCUGUGUGUUGCAGUUUGCUCCAUCACUGAGUGUCUCAGAGGACGAGCAGUUUGUGGAGAAGAUCCAAGAUUCUUGUAACUUUUCUUCUGGCCACAUCCUGUUCAAACACAUUGCUCCUCACUUAUACCCUCCUCUGUCUUCUCUUAUUCCUUCUUGCUCAACAGACUCUUACACAUCUCAGUCCGCACACCACCCCCUGUUCUGGCCCCAACUCUCUCUCGCUUUUUUGUCAAGCUCCCCUCUCCCAUUCCCCAUCUCCUUUACCUGUCCAAGAAAAUCAAUUUGUUUUUUCUUGUCACAACACCGCCACUGCACAAGUACGUCGCUCUCCUAACCCCUCUGUCCCCCUAAUGGGCGCCAUAUCAGCCAGCAGCGCCACAUUGCCUUCAACGCCACUGAGAACCUCUCUCCACCCCUAACCGCCUCACCAACACCAACAUCAACACGACCCAAUGGAGACAAAAGAUAUGAUGCUGACGAGCAUGUUGACAACGGACAAAGGGGAGAAUGAGGGAGAGAAGGAGAAAGGGAGAGAGGAUGUGGGGGGAGAAGAGGAGGGGACACAGCAGGAAAAUGGUAAACUGAUGCUGGCUGAUGGUCUCUCAGAGAGAGGACCCAAGAGCCUGAACUCUGGCUCUGGACAGCAGGUGUCCAAUGGCUUUACCACAUCCACCCCUCAGAGCCCCAGAGAGGGAGCGGGGAGUGCAGCUUACUCUGGAGGGACAGCCUCCGGGCCUGGUGGAGGCACCGGGUCGUCAGCACCGCUGGGAGGCCUCAGGACUCUGGUAGUCCAACAAACCAGCUUAGAGAGGCCCAGAGAAACCUGGAGCAAGAAGAUGGACUUCUUGCUCUCUGUGAUUGGCUACGCUGUAGACCUGGGAAAUGUCUGGCGCUUCCCCUACAUCUGCUACCAAAAUGGAGGAGGUGCCUUUUUGCUGCCCUACCUGUUGAUGGCGGUGUUCGGAGGUGUCCCUCUCUUCUACAUGGAACUGGCUCUUGGCCAGUUCCACCGCAGCGGCUGCAUCUCCAUCUGGAAAUACAUCUGCCCCAUCUUCAAAGGGAUUGGCUUUGCCAUCUGCAUCAUUGCCCUCUACAUAGCCUUCUACUACAACACCAUCAUGGCCUGGGCCUUGUACUAUCUACUAUCGUCUUUUCGGACCACCCUGCCCUGGACCACCUGCAGCAAUAGCUGGAACACAAUCAACUGCAACCGUUACAUGUCUACCGACAGCAAUGUGACGUGGUCCAACUCCUCCACCUCCCCCGCCGAGGAGUUCUAUACUCGCCAGGUGUUGCAGGUCCACCGCUCCCCAGGACUGCACCAGCUGGGCUCUGUCAGCUGGCAGCUGGCCCUCUGCCUGCUCUUCAUCUUCACCAUCGUCUACUUCAGCAUCUGGAAAGGAGUCAAGACGUCUGGAAAGGUAGUUUGGGUGACUGCUACCUUUCCCUACCUGGUCCUCCUGGUGUUGCUCGUCCGUGGGGCCACUCUGCCAGGGGCCUGGAGGGGCGUGGUCUUCUAUCUUAAACCUGAUUGGGAGAAACUGCUUAGCACUACAGUGUGGAUUGAUGCAGCAGCUCAGAUCUUCUUCUCACUGGGUCCAGGGUUUGGUGUGCUCCUCGCCUUUGCCAGCUAUAACCCGUUUCACAACAACUGCUACAAGGACGCUUUGGUCACCAGCUCUGUCAACUGUCUGACUAGCUUUCUCUCUGGCUUUGUCAUCUUUACCGUGCUGGGCUACAUGGCUGAGAUGAGGCAGCAGGAUGUAUCUGCUGUAGCCAAGGAUGCUGGUCCCAGUCUGCUGUUCAUCAUUUACGCAGAAGCCAUAGCAAACAUGCCUGCUGCUACUUUCUUUGCCAUCAUCUUCUUCCUCAUGAUCAUUAUGUUGGGUCUGGACAGCACGUUUGCAGGGUUGGAGGGGGUCAUCACAGCUAUGCUCGAUGAGUUCCCUCAUCUCCUGGCAAAGAGACGAGAGUGGUUUGUCUUUGGCCUGGUGUGUGUCUGUUACCUCGGGGCUCUCUCCACACUCACAUAUGGAGGAGCGUUUGUGGUGAAGCUGUUUGAGGAGUACGCUACAGGGCCUGCAGUCAUCACUGUGGUCCUGCUUGAAGUCAUCGCUGUUUCCUGGUUCUAUGGUACCAACCGUUUUUGUAACGACAUCCAGCUCAUGCUUGGUUUCUACCCGGGUUGUUUCUGGAGGAUCUGCUGGGUGGCCAUCUGCCCCUGCUUUCUUCUGUUCAUCAUCUUCAGUUUCCUGGCCUUCCCUCCAGAGGUCAGGUUGUUCCACUACCACUACCCGCAAUGGACCACUGUCCUGGGCUACUGCAUCGGGGUGUCUUCAUUCAUCUGUGUGCCUACUUAUAUGGUCUACCACUUGCUCAAUGCCAAGGGAACAUUCAAACAGCGUCUGUUAAAGAGUAUCACUCCAGAGCCCAGCAGUGAGCAACACAGAGACUUCAUUGUUACCAAUGCAGUCUGACCAAACCCUGACCAAGAGAAGGUGCCUCUCUAACCAUAUAGAGCGCCCUCUUCUGGACAAACUGCAAAACUACAGGACAAGGGGGCUACCUUUCACCGUUUUUGCCUCUUUUUCAUACAUCUCCUUCACUUGUUUUUAGCUUUAUCACACCAACAUCUACAAGUAAUGGUGCCGUUAGCCGGAGCCAGGCUGCAGUAGUUUAUUUAGCUUUUUUGUUUGUUUUUUUAUGCCAGUUAAACUGAAGGAGUUUUCUUGUAGGUGUCAUCUAAGUUAUUUAGUGACCGACCUUUCUUCAGGUUAUAUAGACAAACAAAUAUAUUUUAUACAACUAUAAAAAGUAUGAAACUGUCUCUGUUCAUGCAGACAAUAUACUGGAGAAGCUACACAGAAGGCCAGAUCGUUACAUUUCAGUCUCCCAUUUUCACAUUAUGCUGUUAAGUUAUGCAUUCCAAUAUGUAGCAAAAUUCAGGUAUCUGUUACUGAAGCCAAAUAUAUGAUAUCUGUUCUGUUCAUGUUUCUAAAGAUGUUUCAAUAUUGUAGCUGUCGUUCUGUUGUGUUGACUGUCAGCCUGUGUUCAUUUGGUGGCAUCUCGGACGAGCGACGGAUUUUGCGAUGAGUUCCCUACACUGUGAAGCACUGCCUAGUAGUGACAUGAGUGUGUGUGUGUGUGUGUGUGUGUGUGUGUGUGUGUGUCAGUGUGUCAGAAAAAGACUGUUAUAAUGUCAAGUGGAAAUAAUGGAUCACAGACAGAACCAUCAAAGUGUAUUCAUUCUAUAACUGCAAUAUAAACUGUGUAUUUAUUUUAUAAUGUACCAUUGCUGUCAUUUUGACGUCCCACACUUCAGUAUGACGAACAUUACAUGUGACAUUUCAUGACAUCGUGCUGUUUAAUCACAGUGACAUCCAGCACUCUGUUGUCAUACUGCAUAACUGUCAGUAAUAGAAACCAAAUAUGGAUCAGAGCUAAUAACAUUAUCAAUGACAUCGUCUGAAAAUCAGCGUUACUGCUCUUUACUUUCUACCAAAAAAAAGUGUGUGUGUGUAUGCACAUGUGGCUGUGUGUGUGUUUCAGAGUGUAUGUAGGAGCAGGAGUUAAAAUAUGGCGAGUACUGUACAUCUACCUGUGUAUUUACUAGUCAGUCUGGUAUUGGUGUAAUCUAUCCUGUGAAUACCUGUUUCCUCUCUCCAUGGAUGUGUAUGUGAGUGUGUGUGUGUGUGAGUGUGUGUGUGUGUGUGUGCAUUCAGUUCUCGUGUGUGCUCGAGUGUUGUGCGUGUGCACCUUGAUUAGUGUGACGGUGCACGCAGGGUGGUUGUGCAAAAAGGAUUAGAGGUGUUCAGCUCCUUUUGUGUGUGCAUGCCGUGAAGUGUGUGUGUACAUCGUACUUCAAAUGUGUGUGUGUGUGUGUCUGUAAUGUGAUCUCCUGUUGUCUUGUUAACUGCCAAAAUAUCUUAUGAAGGAAAGUAAACUCCCUCUUGCCUCUCUCUCUCUCUAGUACCUCUCAAGCUUAUGUAAGAUCUAUGUAUGUCAAUAAAAGACUGUAUUGAGAAAUACACCUGUAUAGAAUAAAGAUAUAUAAAUAUAUGGGAAAUAACAGACAAUAAAGAUAUAUGGAAAU